AUGGCUCAUUUAAUAAUGAUCAACGCCGCAUAUAGGCCGCUUUCUGAACUACAUGUAGGUAUUUGUGCAAGGACCCUUUUUGCCGCGAGGGACAACAGCUUUACAAAUGGGUCACGGCAAUGUUUUGCAACUCAGAGUUCAGCACGGAGCCUUGCCUAG